GAUGACCAUAAUGUUGAAGAAUUUCAUCCGAUCAAAACCACUCGUAGAAGUUUUCGUGGUCCUCCUUUGCUGGUACCUCAUGAGGAUGGAUCAAUGCGAGAAGUUGAUGAAGUGAGAUGGUUUAUUUACCGGAAGCUGCACUACAUUUGGGUCGAGAAAGUGAAGAAGAUCAUUGAUGAUGACGAAAGAGAUGGCCAUUGGGUGACGCCUGGUGAUGUAUUUAGUCAAUCUCCUUCUCAUGCGUUCCAUGAUGCCAUCAAAAAGGGAACUGGUUACGAUGACCAUGAGGUAUCCCAACGUCUCGCCACUUACGGGUUAAAUUCUAUUGAAAUAAAGCUUCGUCCCAUACCAAUGCUUCUAUUUAUGGAAGUGAUUUCACCGUUUUAUAUUUUCCAGAUAUUCAGUGUUACUGUUUGGUAUAAUGACGAAUAUUGUUACUAUGCUUCUGUUAUUGUUAUUAUGUCAGUUUGUUCUAUAAUAAUGGACGUUCUGCAGACAAGAGGACAGGAAAAACGGCUGCGAGCCAUGGUUCAUUCGAGCAGUGAAGUGGAAGUUAUCAGGAAUGGUGGAUUUGUUACUCGAAUCGACAGUGAACGAUUGGUCCCUGGUGAUAUUCUCUUGAUUCCACCUCAUGGCUUGUCUCCUUCAAUGUGA